AUGGCGGAAAGAAAGACGGAGGCUAUAUUCCUCUACAAAAAGGGAUGGAAGCCACCCCAGGCCCAGAUAAGGGUUGGAACAGUUAGACUCCCGAUUGAGGCCCAGAUGAAAUAUCUGGGCCUCACAUUGGACGGCACCUGGUGUUUCAAAGAACAUAUGAGCCGUCUAGUCCCCCGACUACGGGUCGUUUCGGCCAACGUGGGCAGGUUAAUGCCCAACAUCGGGGGACCGGGUUGGAAGGCGCGUCGCCUCCACGCGGGGAUAUUGAACUCGGUGGCGCUCUAUGGAGCGCCGGUAUGGGCUGAGUCUCUGGACGCCAGCCGCCCAAUGCAAGCGCAAUUGCGCAAAGCGCACAGGGCGGUGGCGGUCAGGGUAGCGAGGUGCUAUCGGACACUGUCCCACGUGGCGGCGACAACUCUGGCGGGCAUGCCUCCCCUGGAGCUCCUUGCCCUGAUAUAUAGGACUAUGUACAUCAGAAAGCGGGAGCUCCUACAACAGGGGGAGGCAAACGAGGCGCUCGCCGGAGCGAUACGGCGCAUGAAGCACCAGGCUCGGCUGGUCCUCCUCCAGAGAUGGCAGAGGAUCCUGGCCAAUGCCAGGUAUGGGAGGAGGACCGUCGAGUCUGUCCAACGCUGCCUGCAGCAAUGGGUAGGCAGGGCAUUCGGGACCCUAACGUUUAGGAUGACACAGGUACUCACCGGACACGGAUGUUUCGGUGAGUACCUAUGUCGAAUAGGGAAAGGGCAUACAGCCACAUGUCACCAUUGUGGUCACGAUCAUGACUCCGCGCAGCAUACGCUCCAGGACUGCCCCGCCUGGAGCGCGGAACGCAGAGUCAUGAUCCGAGAAAUUGGGCGUGAUCUCUUGCUCCCCACGAUAGUUGGGGCAAUAGUGGGGAACGAGAGAAAAUGGGAAGUGUUUGCCUCCUUCUGCGAGGCUGUAAUCUCGCAGAAGGAGGUCGCAGAGGAAGACCGCCGAGAGGCGGAGGGUCGAUGCAGGAGGAGAAGGAGGAGAGAGCGGCACCGACUAUGGAGAGGGGACAGGAGCAGGAGCAGUGAGGGGGACGUCAACUCCUCAGAGGAGGAUGAAAUGAGGAUGGUGGGCUCACCAUCCCCGCCCCCCCAACCUGCCCCCUCCCCUGCCAUUGUCACCACUGAGAAGGGCUCCGAAGAGGGUGGGGCAGCGGGCGGGGAUUCCCGGUGCCUCAACCAGCCCUCCCAACGUAGGAUGGCUGGCUGA